CAACCCAAAGCGGCCAGCCCCGGCCCACACUGUAACCGGGAAAAUGCCCUUCCCCUCCUCCGCCCCCGUCGAUGCCGUGCUCACGACUGCAUACGGCGACGACGCCGGCCUCCACGGCCUCAGCACCGCGGGCCACAACGCGGCAUUGACACCGGCAGAGGUUUUGCUCGAGGAGGCGGAGCGGCACGACUUUCAAUACGGCGAGGUGCUCCCCGCGGGCGUGCGCAAGGCUCUCGGCGAAGCGCACCUCGACGCGCAAAGCGGUCGCUCGCUGGUGGAGCUCGGUGCGGGGACAGGCAAGGUCGCGCUGCAGGCGUUCCUCGAAUGCCCCAGCCUGCUACGCGUCACCGCGGUGGAGCUGGCCGCGGCGCGCUACCGAGUGGGCGAGGCGGCGCUGCUGCGGCUCUGUGAACGGAUUCCCGAGCGCUUUUCGCUGCUGGCGCACGCACCGGGCGCAUGCGUGCGGAUCAGCGAGCGACCUCCCGCGGCCGACACGAGUGCGCAUCAGCGCGAGGGCUCCUCACGAGAGCUGGAGCUCUCCGUCGGCGAUGUGUUUGAGCUGGGAGCGGCGGCGCGAGCCGCGCUCGCCGAGGCAGACGUGGUCUUCUUCGAGGUCUGCUUGCCUCGCACCGCCGAGGCGGCGGCGCGCGGCCUGGCGCUGCUGCGCUCGACCAAGGCCGGCAGCCGCGUCCUCUCCUACGAGGCGCUCGAGGCGCUCGAGGAGGAGGCGGCGGGCGGGAGCACGGUGUGCAGCCCAAGGGCGCACCCGCGGGUCUGCGUCGGGGACGACGGCGUCGCGGCGCACGCUGCGCACAGGCCGAGCGCGCAAAACCCGUUUGUGCGCAGGCCCGCCAACGCCUCGCUCGGCGACACGUUCGCCGCGUCGUGGGCGCCGGAGGAGGGCUACCACUUUCACUGCUACACACACGGGGGAGGGCGAGUAACCAGUAACCCCCUCCCGCGUAAAUGAAUAAAAAUAAAAACACACAUACCUCUGUACUGUGAGAUGGGGGUAAAAAGGAACGUUAUGAACAGACCCCCGCCCGUGCGGCGAUCGCUUUGUGCAGGGUUCUUUGUUAGAGUUUUGUGUAAAAUAGUUAGAGGCUG